GGGCUGCAACGAGUCACGUUCUGAGCCUUCUGAAAGGCUAGCUAUCGCCCCCUGGAGUUUGGUGGGAUGGUGACAUGUAGAAGUGCCCGAAGCGUCCCUAGAGGCGGCGUCUGGUACUCCGGAUCAAGGGAGGGUUUCUGGGGAGAGCAAUAGAGACGCGGUCUGGGCUAGAGGGGCUGGAUAAGGGGGGGAGGGGGAGAAAAUAAGGAGAUCGGUAGAUUGAGUAGCUAAGAGGUCGGAGGUAAGUGGCUGCAGAAAGCAGGAGGACCCGGAGUACAGAGGAACCAGGACCAUGACUUAUGCUUAUCUCUUCAAGUACAUCAUCAUCGGAGACACAGGUGUGGGGAAGUCAUGUCUCCUCCUGCAGUUUACGGACAAGCGGUUCCAGCCUGUUCACGACCUUACAAUAGGCGUGGAGUUUGGAGCUCGUAUGGUCAACAUUGAUGGAAAACAAAUUAAACUGCAAAUCUGGGAUACGGCUGGGCAAGAAUCCUUCCGUUCUAUCACCCGUUCCUACUACAGGGGAGCAGCCGGAGCACUGCUGGUGUAUGACAUUACCAGGCGUGAAACCUUCAACCACCUGACCUCGUGGUUAGAGGAUGCCCGCCAGCACUCCAGCUCCAACAUGGUUAUCAUGCUGAUUGGGAAUAAGAGUGACCUAGAAUCCCGCAGGGAUGUGAAGAGAGAGGAAGGAGAGGCCUUUGCUCGGGAGCAUGGACUUAUAUUCAUGGAAACUUCAGCCAAAACGGCCUGCAAUGUUGAAGAGGCCUUCAUUGACACAGCCAAAGAAAUAUAUAGGAAGAUCCAGCAGGGUUUAUUUGAUGUCCACAAUGAGGCAAAUGGCAUCAAGAUUGGGCCCCAACAGUCAAUUUCAGCAUCAGUGGGACCCAGCACCUCUCAGCGGAACUCUCGUGACAUAGGGUCUGACUCUGGCUGCUGCUGAACAUCUGACCUGAACUCUUUUUUCUUCCUGGAACAGGUUCAGAUCAAUAGGUUUAAAGAAAGAGGUCUUACUUGCUUUGGCUAAGAGCAGCCUCUUUUCAAGAUGUUUUGCCUUUCCACCUAAAAGACCAGGGGAGAAUGUGGGCCCUUACUGACCUGUCCUUCUUCAGGGACGUGAGCAUUCCAUAUAGAUUAGAGCUCUUCUCAUCUCAUUUUAAGUUCUGCAAUGUUAGGAUCAAAGUUGAUUGUCACCAUAGUUCAAAUAUAAAUAAUUCAUUAGCAUAUAUAAUCUGCUUCUCACCAAGAAUUAGUACGAAGGGUCAAAGACACGCUGAUUGAACACUUGAGAUUACCAGGAUCUGGCUUGCUGGCCUUUGAAUGACAGAUCCUCUGCCUAGGAAUUUCAUUGAGUUAUUUACUUCCUUGCCUUUGGGGAUCAACCUGCCAUUUCAUAAGAGCAUCUGCAGGAGGAAGUUUCUUUUGCUUGCUCAAGGAAGUUGAAUGCUUCUCUACUGUCCCAUUGCUGUGUCUCUUAGAGUAACUACAAAACUUUUGAGAGCAGUGGAGUUGGCCUUAGACCUAUGGCCACUUAUCUUUACCUAAAGAAAACAUUCAUUCCCUGUUCAUUUUGUUUUAGAGACCAGAUCUAACAUGACAGCGUCUUUCACUAAAUUGACCUCUACUGUUAGAUCACACUUACUUCUUAACUAUAUCUACUUGGACUUUCUAAUCAAGCCAAUCUGCUUACUGAACACAACAUAUCUAUUCCUACUUCUGUACAUUUGCACAUGCUCUGCUCUCUACUGACGUAAGUCCAACAGUACUUCCUUUAGGAAACCUUCAGUGACUGACUUAGGGACUUCUAAGCAAUUUUUGAGACAGUAUCCCUUAGCAUUCCCCUGUUGGCUAUUCAUAUGUACAUUUGUUUGUAUGUACUAUGUAAAUAUGUUUUGUAGUUGUUUUAUGUGUGGAAACUGUGUCCUCAUUUGGUUGUAAGCUCUAGGAGAGCAGGAUCCAUGUCAUCCCUCUAUUUUUGUAAACCACUCCCGCCACCGUUCCUUCACAGUGCCCAGGGCUACUCAUUAUGUGAUCAUUAGAUGUGACGUACUUUAAAACUUAAAAUUUAUCGUAGACUUUAGAGAAGACAAAAGGCUUUAGAGUCAUCUCUUCAUAAUUCUCAGUCUCUUUAUCUGCUUACACUGGGUUUAAUAUUGCUCAUCUCCUCUCCUGCCUUUCUUGGGAUCAUUGCCUCCAUUCUAUGCAGCAUACAGUAAGGCUGUCUCCUAUGAAGCAGUUAAAUAAGUGGAUACUUCUCCAGCCCUUCUUUUCAGAGUAUAUAACACUAUCUUGGCCAAAUUUACCUCUGCUUCACUCAUCAUACAGCCUUUGGGGUCAGUUACUAUCUUUUUCUCCUGGAUGUGUCAUUUUCUUCCACAGCACUGAGGUCUCAUUAAUUUUUCUAACUUUUGUUGUUAACGAAUUGUUUCAUUAUUAAAUAUAU